UCAUUACCGUAUCUCACGUUAACAGUAAGUUUAAACACACAGUCCUUACACUUUUGUUCCCAUUUCUAAGAAUAAGCCCUAAAAACCAGAAUUCAAUUAUAAUUACACUACUAUUUACUUAAAUUUUCAAAUAUUUUUAUUUUUAAAUCGGAAGACAAUUAUGUUUUAGUGAUUUGUUUGAUAUACAAGUGAAACAAUCGUUGAAAAUGCUUUCCAUCGGAAAUCAAGUCCUGAAAUUUGCGGCAUAUUCUCAUCGCUCACCACUCAUAGCCAUUACCUGUCAGUCAUGUGUCCGUACAUUGAGUUAUGCGGUGCCCAAAGAAAACAUCACACAUUUGAGUCCCAAAGUAAGAAGUUUUGUGGAGGAAAGGGCCCGACUCUGUCAGCCCAACGACAUUCAUAUAUCUGAUGUGGCCCGAGUCGAGUCACAAACUUAUAUAUCCACACAUAAUAAAAGGGAUACCAUUCCUACCCCUAAGGAUGGAGUGAAGGGCACAUUAGGGAAUUGGAUGUCUCGCGAAGACUUGGAUAACGCGUUGAACCAAAGAUUUCCGGGUUGUAUGAAAGGGCGGACAAUGUUUGUGAUUCCCUUCAGUAUGGGUCCCAUUGGAUCCCCGCUCUCGAAGAUUGGCAUUGAAGUGACAGAUUCUCCAUACGUUGUCGCGAGUAUGAGAAUAAUGACACGAAUGGGCGCCCAAGUGCUCAAGACGUUAGGAAACGACGACUUUAUCAAAUGCAUGCACUCUAUUGGACAGCCAUUGCCAAUGAAGACGCCGGCAGUGGCCAACUGGCCGUGCAAUCCCUCACAGACUAUAAUCGCACACAUUCCUGAAAAUAACGAAAUCAGUUCAUUCGGUUCAGGUUACGGCGGGAAUUCACUUUUGGGCAAAAAAUGCUUUGCCCUGCGAUUGGGUUCAAUACUGGCCCGACGGGAGGGUUGGUUCGCAGAGCAUAUGUUGAUUCUGGGAAUCACUAAUCCUAAGGGAGUGAAGAAGUAUAUCGCGGCUGCGUUUCCGUCGGCGUGCGGGAAGACGAACCUCGCAAUGAUGACCCCUUCCCUCCCCGGCUUCAAAGUCGAGUGCGUCGGCGACGACAUCGCGUGGAUGCGCUUCGACGACAACGGAGUCUUGCGGGCCAUUAAUCCCGAGUUUGGAUUCUUCGGAGUGGCGCCCGGAACCAGCGAAAAGACUAAUCCCAACGCCAUGUCUACAAUCCAGAGGAAUACUAUAUUCACGAAUGUCGCCAAAACUGCUGACGGUGGAUUUUAUUGGGAAGGAUUGGAGCACCAAAUAAAGGGAAAGAAAGUUCAAAUCACUUCGUGGUUGGGCGACAAGAAUUGGACGCUCGACUCGGAUAAGCCCUCAUCGCACCCGAACUCUCGCUUCUGUACGCCCGCGAGUCAGUGCCCAAUAAUGGAUCCGUUAUGGGAAGACCCCAAAGGUGAAACGCCGAUUGGUUUCACCCCUAAAACCGGUGCCAUUAAUACGGAUAAUAUGAACGAAAACGUAGACUUCGAUGAACUGUUUUCAGUGCCAAAAGACUUUUGGCUCGAAGAAUGCGAUCGAAUCCGGAAUUAUUUCACAGAACAGGUGAACAACGACUUACCGGACGAAGUGUGGAACCAAUUGAAACAAUUGCAGCAAAGAUUACAACAACAAAAGUGAUCUUUCAAUCGUCUCCUCUUCUAGUCUUUAUAACAAUGCCAUCAAUUCAUUGACAAUAAAUCUAUUUUAUUUUACUUAAA